GUUUAUUCCGGUGUGAGUUGCGCGGCGGCUGGCAUGAAGUCCGUGGUGGUGGUGGUGAUCCUGACGGCCAGCUGUGUGUUGGUGGCUGCGCCGCACUCCCUCCUCCCAGGUGAGACACACACCACUUCACCACAGACUGCACGUGCUUCUCAUUCCAUUCAUGAGAUAGACAAUCACGUGCCAAAGACAUUCCGCUCUCUAACAGCCUUAUUACAUCUUCACUGUCAAGGCCACACGAAGGAUACGUCAGUGGUGGCGGCGACAUCAAUCCUGAGGACACACUCCCAGUGUCGCCACGCCGCGCUGCUGCUCACUGACGGAGACAAGAGGGUGGAGGCGGUGCAGGCGCCGCGAGGUGUUGCCGUCUUCCGGGCGGCGGCUAAUGGCCUCAGCGACAACAACACCCACACUCACCUCCAGGAAACAGUCGACCAGAUUCGCCAGGUAAACGUCAACACCGAGUUCCUGCACUGAUUGACCUUAUUGCGCAUCCUUUCUUUCUUUAUUUUCAAAAGGACACACAACACCAUGGCUCUUAGGUAGGAGGGGCGUGGCACUGCCUGGUGGUAGUGGUGGUGAGUGAUGACCCAGCCUUCCUCGUCGCCUUUGCUCACCUGUCACUCAAGCGCCACGCCCUCAGGUGGUCCACCAGGAUCCUUGUCCUCACUCGCCUCCCUCUCAGCCACCUUGGUGGCCUGUACGGCCUUCUUUCCAACAGGAACGCCAUGCUGCUCAAAGAGGAGGAGGAAGAAGG